AUGCCGUGCAAUCCGUGUUGUUGUAUGAAGCCGAAGGAUGGGGCUGUUGUGUGCGGUAUCUGGAGUGUGAUCUACGCCCUGGCAUCAAUAGCCGUAAUGGCUUGGCAGACACAAGUUCUCAACAAUUGCCGUUCGGUGACGAUGUCCCAAUCGAAUCUGCAGUGUGAAUACUACUGCCCAUGCGUCGGAGCCUCUACCGCCAGAACAUCUCGUAUCGUGUUCGGUGUUGCGCAACUUGGGCUGAUGGGCUGGCAGCUAGCUGCCAUCAAAUACGAGAAGGACCGCGCGGCCAACACAUUGCUACCAAAUUAUAACACUUAUGGCCGAUACGACAUCCCGACAUAUUAUGAGAGCUAUUGGCAAACACCGGAGGAAAGAUAUUAUAUAGGCCUGUUCAUCAUCCAAAUCCUCUGCCUAAUAUCUGCAUUUUUCCUUCUAUUUGCCGGUGUCGCCUUAAUAUACGGAAUCCAUACAUGGUCGCGAUAUCUGAUCUGGCCAUGGUUCGUCUGUAUGCUAUCAUCGAUCCUCAGCUCAUUGGCCUACUGUAUUAUGUGGUGGGCUGGUGACGUACGCGACUAUUGGCUUGCGCUGACAAUUAUCGAAUUUAUUGGCGUUUUGAUUAAUAUUCUUGCUACGGUAGUUGUUUCAACAUUUUACACCCGAAUCAAAGCCGAAUGGGACUAUUAUGAGAAAAAGAGCCGAUACCGUCCUGGCAGUCGUGCGGGCCAUUCGAGCCGUAAGGAUUUGUUGGAGCAUCGAUGGGAAUACCCAGAACCAGAUCGGAUGGUUGUCCGCCCAUUUCCCAGCCAAGCUAAUCAAAACGCUCCAUAUCUGCCAUCCUACCCCUCACCAUUUCCGCCUCAACCAAAUUUCAAGCAAACUGGUCCACCACCGCCUCCACUUCCUAAGAAAGUGCCACCAUAUCCGGAAGAUCCAAAUCUGAUUGUUCCCACCCGCUACGAUCGCGAACCAGGUUCUCGUAUUGGAGGCGGAGCAGUCCCGCACCUCUAUAAAUCAGAUGAUGACGAUGAUCUGGUGUCCAGCUGGGUGAAAGAUCAACAAAGAAGAAGUCAACACGGAAGCAAAGCCGACUCGGAACCACCAUAUCUUGGAGGCCAUAAUUACCCGCUGAAGCCCUCACGCUCUAUGCCAUCAUUGUUUGAGGAUUCGGCUAGUUGCCAUCGUGCUCCACGACAUCGGAGUUCUUCUCGUUACCGAUCAUCCCAUAGAGAUCGGGAUAGGGAUCGCGAACGGGAUCGUGACCGUGAUCGUGACCGUGACCGUCACCGUGGUGAUCGAGACAAAAGGCAUCGAUCAAGCAGAGAUCAUCGCGAUCAUUCUCGCCGUUCCUACCGUCGUGGUAGAAAUCGUUCGGUUGGUUACGGAAGUGACAGCGAAGAAACAGCAACUGAUUACACCCGAUGUCGGCAUAGCGAACGAAAACGGCAUCGCAGCAGUAGUAGGCAUCGGUAUGAUGAGAGCGAGACCGAGUUGAGUGCCGCUCCCCUAAAGGAUCGAAAGGGCCGAAGGAGUGGGGAACAGGAGAGGUCUAACGGCCAGGUGUCGUUGCCGCUGUCGGGUGGGUUGACCAUUCCGCAGCACAUUGUCAUACCGCCACAACACCAAAUGGAACGGAACCCGGAUGGGACCAUUCAGCCUCAAAAGUUCAACAUCAAUUCGGAGAUUGUCAUCAAAUAUGACAAGGAUGGAAGUGACGUCCACUUCUCUUCUGCCCGCGAGCCAUACCAUCAAACAACCCGUUCAAACAUAUCCCAUUUGAGUGAACCAAGAAGACUACAGCCGGUCUCAAUGCAAUCCAAUGUC